GUCCCAGGUAGCGGUGACGCGCAUUUGCAGGUAUGCAGCCGCGUUUUAUUGUCGGUGACGGUAUCAAUAUGUACGUCCUGCUGUCUCUGCGUCCUCGUGAUUGCUGAUGUUAAGCUUUGCGUCUGCCUGCUUCUGCUUCUUCUUAUUCUUCUUCACCAGCUGAUAAAAAUUAUUAAUCCAAAAUAUGAGAUAUUAGUAUUUGCUUUUCAUAAAGAAAAUGACAUCAGUGUUAUGAGUAAAUCAACUCUCACAAAUCACCUUGUUCUUUUAUUCUUAUCCAAAAAUGAAAGAAAGAGGACAGCGAUCCUUCUCUUUUUGAGUUUAAAACGUGGUCUGCUUCAGUUGGUCAUGGAAUUUGGAUUUUUAGUUUUUAAUAUUAAAUAAAGAAAAUGAAGCAACGCCACUCAAUUAUGCAGUGAUGCUAUCAGACAGACACCAGUGGAAUUAUUAUUGUUUUGACAAAAGGAGCUAGCCCGUUAGUACUUUAGGACACUGUUCAAGAAUAAUAUCAGUUCUCAAUUGUAGCAAAUCAGCUACAGCAUGCUCUCUCACCAGUCCACAAUUAGCUUUACAAAUCAAUGCAAGUGGAAGAAGAAGACGAAGAAGAAGAAAUACUAUCAUUUUCUAUGACAGUUUUCUGGUCUGAAAUUUGAGGCAGAGGUUGGAUAGUUGUUUUGAGAAAAUCACAAGCGAUUUUACAUGUCUUUUGACAUUAAAGUUGCUUUCCUCAAAAGCUGGAGGUCAAGGAAGGAAAGAGGAGGAGGUUAUGAGAAAAGGAGAUAAAGAAUAAGCACCUCUAACACUGUUAGAUCUGUCAUGAAAUCAAUAGCAGUCACCAACCACACACCAUUGCUUUGAAAUCAAGAUUACCUCACCCAUAAUUCCUCACUCAAUGUACCUAACCAUCUCGAUUGUUCCCUAACUGAAAGCAAAAUAAUUAUACAAAAAAGAUAAUAUGAUAUUAGUUGCCUGAUUUUAAUCCCUAAUUUCUGAAACAAACGAAUCCUGAAAUUAUCAUUGGAAAAUAGGGUAUUACAAAAUUGCUCUUCCUCAGGUUCAUAACUUAAAAGCUAUAUGACUUUCCUAAGUGAAACCGAUUAUAUCAAAAGAUUAUCAAACAAGCCACAUCCUAAUUUGAGUCCUCUCUUUCAGAAUAAGAAAUGUCCAAGACUUGAACAAGGAAAAAAGAAUAGAAAUUAGAUGGUGUUUCAUUAUCUAAUUCACCAAUUGCCUACAACGUUUCAACAGCAACAAGGACCAUUGCUUCAAAAAUCAUCAGGCCUUUACCCUAUUCGUAUAAACUUAUAUGAAAAGAGAAUGCAAAUGCUAAGAGAUAAGGCAACCCGUGAACAAUGAACUUCCAACUCUUUCAGCCACAGAAUCCAGCGUUCCAGCCGGAGUGGGCCGUCGAAGAUAUACGCACGACCUUCUUCAAAUGUGUAAGGUGGCAAGUAGAAGAAACAUUAGAUCCAAUCAACUGUCCUUACCAUUACUUCUGCGAUAGCAAUUAUCCAGGAAAUUAUCCCCCUUACGUGGAUUUUCUAGUUUUCCUGUUUGCAACCUCUUCAUAUCUGGCAACAUUAGUCAUCAUGGUGAUAGAUAUAUCAAGAAAAGCAGGGGCUUGUCUCAGUCGUUCGAAGAGAUUCUUACUACCAUCAGGUCCAGUUUCUCUCCCAAUAAUCCUUUUAGCACUAGCCAAGGGUUACCGGACCAAUUCUAUAUUUCCUCUAUCCUGCACUGGUCCUGCAAUUCUUCAACUGCUUCAGGUCUCUGCUUUGGCUUUUGAUCAUGGUGUUGAUAAAGAUAUCAGGUAUGCAAUCUACGAGGCAUCAACAAUUUCUGGAAUUCUGCAUGCAAGUCUAUACCUGGAUUCCAUAAUAUUGCCUUACUAUACAGGUUUUGACGCCUUAGUUUCAUCCACAUUUUCUGGUGAGUGCCAAUCCUGUGUGUGUCGAAGGGAGGUUUUGGUGGUGGGUGGAAGGCUAGUCGAUUAUAGGGGGUGGUCGAUUACUACAUUUUCGGUCGUGGGUGCUCUGUGUUCAAGGAUCAUAUGCAGAAUGACUGGAGAGAAGAAAAGGAGGAUGAUGGCAAUCAAAUUCCUGUUGGAAAGCUUAAGUUGGAUUUUGAUUACCUUGGACUGUAUCUAUUUAACCAGAAAGGCUCCACCGGAACAAUCUAUGCUGCGAAUUGCAGCUUUUGGAAGUGUACUUGUAUUGAUCUGCCUUCAUCUGAUAAAGAAGCUCUCCUCUCAGAUAACGCAAUGGAAUUUGGCACAGGAAAAAUCAAAUGGCUAGAGCACGGAUUACAAACAAGAAGAGGGGGUCAAUUUUGAUUGCCAUCUGUAGAGAGCUCGAAGGGCUGCUAAAGGGGCUGCCCUCUUGCAGAAUCAGCGUCUAGUGAUCGACGAUGCAGGUCAUAAGAGAAUAGAGUUAGUUGCUUAACGUGUACAGUUCUCUUGUUGCUUAACCAAUUAUCUCUUGUCAAAAAAAAAAAAAAAAACACAUACAGGAAUCGAUGUAUAUUAAGAAUGGUCA